UUCUUUCUCAGGACAUAGCUGUCAGAAGGGGUCUGGAUAAGGAAGGUGGGGUUGGAUUGUCCAGCACUGGAAUGAUCAGACACGGAAGGCAUGGACAGUGAUUCACUCCAUUUUACGAAGUAUGCUCAUUUCUAUGGAACUGGAACACUUCAGAUAAAAGAAACAUGACCUCAAUCGAAGAGCUGAAGCUGCGAGUGAGGGAGCUUGAGAAUGAGUUGAUCAAGUGUAAGCAAAAGCGAUGUACGGCGAUGUGUGCCGAGGAAGCUGCCGACAACAACCAACCUCAUCACAGACCAAGGAUCGACAAAAUGAGUGCAGAAGUAGUGGAUUCAAACCCUUACAGUCGUCUGAUGGCUUUGAAGCGAAUGGGCAUUGUUGAAGAUUAUGAGAAAAUCAGGACGUUCACUGUAGCUGUGGUGGGUGUUGGAGGAGUUGGAAGUGUGACUGCAGAAAUGCUCACAAGAUGUGGCAUUGGUAAGCUCAUCCUGUUUGACUAUGACAAAGUGGAGCUGGCCAAUAUGAACAGGCUGUUCUUCCAGCCUCACCAGGCCGGCCUCAGCAAAGUAGAGGCAGCUGAACACACACUCAGGAAUAUCAACCCAGAUGUGCAGUUUGAGACCCACAACUACAACAUCACCACCAUGGAACAUUUCGCACAUUUCAUGGAUCGCAUAAGUUAUGGGGCGCUUCAGGAAGGAAAGGCCGUAGACCUGAUUCUGAGUUGUGUGGACAACUUUGAGGCCCGGAUGGCCAUCAACGCAGCGUGUAACGAGCUGGGUCAGAUCUGGAUGGAGUCGGGUGUGAGUGAGAACGCUGUGUCUGGACACAUCCAGCUCAUCAUCCCGGGGGAGACGGCCUGCUUCGCAUGUGCUCCUCCCCUGGUGGUGGCGGCCAACAUUGAUGAGAAGACCCUGAAGAGGGAGGGGGUGUGUGCUGCCAGCCUACCCACCACCAUGGGUGUGGUGGCAGGGAUCCUGGUCCAAAACGUCCUCAAGUACCUGUUGAAGUUUGGCACAGUCAGCCAUUACCUGGGCUACAACGCCAUGCAGGACUUCUUCCCCACUAUGGCCAUGAAGGCCAACCCCACAUGUGAUGACCGCUACUGCAGGAAACAGCAGGACGACUAUAAGAAGAAAGAGGCAGAGCGACCAAAAAAGGUUGUAGAGAAGGUGGUGGAGGAGGAAGUGGUUCACGAGGAGAACGACUGGGGUAUUGAGCUGGUGUCGGAGCAGACAGAAGAGGAACUCCAUGCGGCUUCAGGCCCCGUCCCCGACCUCCCAGAAGGCAUCACUGUGGCCUACACCAUCCCUGAGAAGGAGACCGGGGCGUCAGGAGGGGAGACUGUGGAGGAAACAGAACAGAGUCUAGAAGAGCUGAUGGCCCAGAUGAGAAAGAUGUAACCGGGACCAGGAAGACACCUCAACUAUCAGACGACCAUCAUCAUCGUCGUGCAUCCGCGUAUCUCCGCAACAUUGCAGUGAACCUACCACCCUUUUUUUAAUAACGGAGCAUUGACACCGUACAGUAUACCCCCUGCAAUGGAGCUUUGCAUCUCCAUGUUCUUAAAUCAAGCACGAUUUUUAAUACCCACUAUACGUAUUACAGUAUCAAUACGACUUAAUGCAUGUACUUCUGCUCCUUUGACAUGAAAGGGAAUGCAAUGCAUGGUUAAUGAACUCAAGUGCUGCUGUUUAUGAUCUUCAUAUUCCCCAAGGCUGUAAAUUUACUAGCGUAAGCCUGUUCAAUAUGGAAGCAUAUAACUGUUGAAAUUCAUUUUGAAUUUCAGCUUCGGAGAGCACAAACUGGACGCUGAAAUGUAUGUAAUUAUCUUUAAUGAACUUUUGCUUGAUGUAAUGGACCAGGUACGUACAGAUGUAAGCUAUGUAAUUCAUUAUGCUUGUUGGCCGAGAGGAAAUACUGUUGUAACACUCAGCGUUGGAUAAGUAAUUGCUGUUAUGGAUAGUCUCGGACCAACUAUUACUACUGUAUGGAAUGCUAAUGAAUGAAAUUGUUAAUGCAUUACAUCCUUUCUUCUAAAACAUUUUGAAUGAGGUCUAAUGUUUCUCUGCAUGACAAACCUGCCUUAAAUGUAUCUGUUCCAUGUCUAGCUCUGGUCCGUAGUGCGAUAACGAGUGGCCUCUGCUACAUGUUGUGGCGCUAUGGGGCGGCAGAGUAGCCUCGUGGUUAGAGCAUUGGACUAGUAUCCGAAAGGUUGCAAGUUUAAAUCCCCGAGCUGUACAAAUCUGUCGUUCUGCCCCUGAACAAGGCAGUUAACCCACUGUUCCUAGGCAGUCAUUGAAAAUAAGAAUUUGUUCUUAACUGACUUGCCUAGUUAAAGGUAAAACAACAACAAAAAAUAAUGGACCAGUGCUACUCUCAGCUGUUUAAACUGAUAUAGAUGAAACUGAAGCUUUCUCUGCUGAAACUGUACCGACUAACUCUGUUUCAAUAAAGUAUUUAUUAGCCAGUU